CCACAGCGAGCUUGACCGCGCGCAGAGAGGCGGGGGAUUGAACAGACCGACAGACUGGAGGUCCGCAGCGGGAGAAGUCGGAGCAGCCGCCGCUGAAAUAGGUGGGAAAAGUUGCUCCUAACUGCCUCUACGGUCGACGCGGAACGCGGGAGACACGCGACAGGAGUCUUUCUAAAGCCCAGCAGUUUCCCUCCCUGGUCAGACAUGAGGAGCCCCCCUGGCCUGGGUCGCUGAGCAGCUGAGGUCAGAGUUGAAGUGCGCGUUCAGGCAGCCAUGGCCGACAGGGAGGGGCUGCCCAUCGCCCCGGGCCAGAUCUACAUCGAGGUGGAGUACGACUACGAGUACAAGGCUAAAGACAAGAUGGUGGCCAUCCGCCAGGGAGAGUGCUACGUGCUGGUGAAGAAGACCAAUGAGGACUGGUGGCAGGUGAGGAAGGAGGAGGGCACGAAGGCCUUUUACGUGCCGGCGCAGUACGUCAGGGAGGUGCGCCGGGCGCUCAUGCCCCCACAGAAGCCCACCUUGAGGGCCAAGCCCACCGUUUUGGAUAUCUGCCGGGCGUCCGACGAAAACCUCAACAGACCCCAGCCAGAAAUGUCCAGCUUUGGCCGCCCGUCGCCUUCCUCCACCCCGUCGCCAUCCUCGGAUCGCGUGACGCCGCUGGCCCUUUCCAAGGACGCCAACCAAAACGUGGGGAGUCCCCACCACUGCAAGAUGGUGGCCGAACUGGUGCUUCUUCACAACAACAACAACCAUCACCACGCCAACAAUUCCACGUUGCCAAGGACAAGGGCGGACUCGCCUCCGCUCAAACUGGGGAACAACCACAACAAAAGUCCGGACAGCGACAAGACCUCCCCGCCGGGCGACCCGCCCGGAGAUCGGCUUAACAAGCUCCACAACGACUCGGAGUCUGGGGAUGAGCUAAGCAGCAGCUCAACAGAACACAUGCAGACAACAUCACCCACGGGUCAGGGCCGGUCCGACUCCCCGGUCUACACCAACCUCCAGGAGCUCAAGCUCUCUCAGUCCAGCCUGCCGCCCGUCCCCUCCAGCUCCCCUCUCCACAUCCUGGGCGACUGGGAGACCCACAAAGACCUGAGCGGCAGGCAUUUCUACUACAACCGAGCCAGCGGGGAGCGGACCUGGAAGCCGCCGCGCACCAGGGACGCCAGCGGCAGCACCAGCAGCUUCAGAGGAGACAGCCAGGGCACGGCCGAGAGCGAGCCGCUGUCCUCGGAGGAGAACUGUCACAGCACCCACUCCAGUCAGUCUGACAGCCAGUACGGGUCGCCCCCUAGAGGCUGGUCUGAGGAGCUGGAUGAACACGGACACACGCUCUAUAUCUCCGAAUACACACAGGAGAAGUGGAUCAAACAUGUGGAUGAACAGGGCCGGCCCUAUUACUACAGCGCUGACGGAUCCAGGUCAGAGUGGGAACUGCCCAAGUACAACAUCUCCCCUCAGUCCGACGAGGCCCCUAAGAGUCGCAGUUUGGAGAGGAAGCAGCAGGACCCCAUAGUCCUCACCAAGUGGAGACACAGCACCUACGUUUUAGACCUCAACGACAAGUUCUCGUUCAAACUCUGGCGAUUCACUUCGGACUCGCACAAGAGGAGAGUUCGUCUCUCUCUUUGCCGUGAUAAACCCUCGGAGAAGUGCGGAGUCCUCAACGUCACCAAAAUCACAGAAAAUGGAAAGAAAGUCAGGAAGAACUGGACCUCCUCGUGGACAGUGCUGCAGGGUUCCUCCCUGCUCUUCGCGAAGGGCCAAGGGGGCAGCACCAGCUGGAAGUUUGGGAGCAACCAGUCGAAGCCGGAGUUUACUGUCGAUCUGCGAGGGGGGUCGGUGGACUGGGCCUCCAAGGACAAGUCCAGCAAGAAACACGUCAUCGAGCUGAAGACGCGUCAAGGAACAGAGCUGCUGAUCCAGUCAGAGAUCGACAGCGUCAUCAACGACUGGUACCGGGCCCUCACAGAGACCAUCAACACACAUGCCUGGGAGUCAGAUGAGGCCAUCGAGGAGGACAUGCCUGAGUCUCCAGGAGCUGAGAAACAGGACAGGGAGAAAGACCACCGGGACUCCAAGAAGAACAGAGUGAUGAAGACCUCUGUGAGUAUGGACUCAUCAGACCAGAAGAAAACCCGGCUGAAGCUCAAGAAGUUCCUGACGCGUCGACCCACGUACCAGGCCGUCAGAGACAAGGGCUACAUCAAAGAUCAGGUGUUCGGCUGCAGUCUGUCCAGUCUGUGCCAGCGGGAGACCACAUCAAUACCCAACUUUGUCACCAUGUGUAUCGACCAUGUGGAGAACACAGGUCUCAGUGUGGACGGCUUAUACAGAGUUAGCGGUAACCUGGCGGUGAUCCAGAAGCUCCGCUUUGCUGUGAACCACGAUGAGAAGGAUCUGGAUCUGAAUGACAGCAAGUGGGAGGACAUCCACGUCACCACUGGAGCUCUCAAGAUGUUCUUCAGGGAGCUUCCUGAGCCCCUCUUCACGUACGGAUCCUUUGAAGACUUCGUAGAGGCCAUCAAAUGCUCAGACUACCAUCAGAGACUGAACUCAAUCAAAGACUUAAUAAAGAAGUUGCCAAAACCCAACCACGACACAAUGCAAGUCCUCUUCAAACACCUGCGGAGGGUGAUUGACCACGGGGAGGCCAACCGUAUGACCACCCAGAGCGUGGCCAUCGUGUUCGGACCCACGCUGCUGCGGCCCGAGACCGAGACGGGCAACAUCGCGGUCCACAUGGUCUACCAGAACCAGAUAGUGGAGCUCAUACUGCUCGAGUAUGAGAGCAUCUUCGGCAGGUAGAGGGGCCCGCUCACGACCGGACACCGGGCUUCUUUUCCUCCUCCUCCUCCUCCCCUCUUCCUUUUCUUUGACUGAACUGAACAUUGCUGUGGACCAAGCAGUUGGGAGAAAGAAUCGAAUUUACCUUCAUUGACAGUUUACAAAAAGUGUUGCACUUACAGAGGAGAAGAAUUAACAAAAAAAAUAAAAGGUGUACAGAUUUGACCCCGCUUCUCCAGCUGCCGUCCCGUGCUGCGAGUAGCGGGGCCGGACGCACAUGGACAGUGUUUCAGAGUGAUGCCGUGGUGACGUGUGUACGUCCGUGUGAUGUGGUGGAUUCGAGUAUUCAGGUGGUUUUCUUUUUUCACAUACACUGGAUCCCUUUGGCCAGUAAUUGGAACGGCGGCCCCCUUCGCCUCCGAGGGGGGGGGGAGUGGCAUUAAUAGCCUAACCGGCGACAUCAUCACCUCGCUGAAGGACUGAGCAGAAUCUCAACUGGAACGUUUUUUUCUGUGUCGUGGAGCUUUUUUCGUCUGUGAUGUGGUUUCGGAUCAGGUGGAACAAAAAAUAAAUAAAAAUAAUCAGUGUUACGUUAACGGACUGUCUUUAUGGCACUUGGAUGAACUGGAGUUACAGAUCGUGUCCCUCAAACUUACCUUAGCGACAUCAUCACACACCCCCUUCCUCCCCCUCACUCACCCCCUUUCCCACCAGUGUUAACCAUUAACCCUGUGACCUGAGCGCCCCGGGACUUGAACGUCGGAGGACAAAACCCCUCUGUUUGUUUGUUUGUAUGUGUGUGUGUGAGUGAAUUAACCUAAGUGGAACAAAAAAAAACCUGAGAAGCGUCCUCAUCUUGCCACUUUGUACAAACUGCGUGUCGUGUAGUCUUACGUGCUUUGGUGAAGUUUCCCUUAAAGCUGCCGGGGGGGGUCAUCGUCCGUGCUCCUUCAUCACAGAGGUCCUGGUGUUACUGGAAAAACAACAAAGUGGAUUUCUUGGGACUGCAACCACCAUUAUUUUUUUUUUUACAUGAAUCUGUCUCCGACUGUCGGCAUGAUGGCCCCUCUCUUCCUCGCCUAAGCUAAUAUUAAAGAGUAUUCAGAGAGGAGAAAGGGUCCUGAGAAUAUAUCAAAAGGUUGACGUAUGGGAGUGUAUGGGUGACAAAAUGCAACAAAGAGCCUUUAAAAAAAACCUUUCAGAAGCUUAUGUACAGUAACAGAAACUAGUUGUUCAAAAUGUGUUGUAGUGACUGAGGUAUGUAUGCUUUGAUGGUGAACUAGUGAAAGAUGAUUUUGACUUUGUAAAUUUGAAUUCCAACAUGACACACAGGUGGAAAAAAAACAAACCAACACGUGAUGGACUGUUACUUUUGUUUGAAGGUGUAUCUGGAGUGUUUGCGCAUGGUCAGCUGCACAUUCUGAAUGUAAUUUUCAGGCUAACUGCUGUUUGUGAAACUGCUAUGUCUAAUAAAAAGAG